AUGAGCAAGAGUGAAGCGCUGGAAUUUUUGGAACAUGAUAUAAAUGGCCAGGUGGACAAUGGGAAGGCAAAUGAGCAGGCAGCCAUUACUGCCUACGACAAGAGCGAAAUGCCGAGCGAGCUUGUCUAUUUCGUCCCUUGUAAGCAAUUUCAGAUGCCAGACGAGAAAGGAGCUCCGUUUGACAACCCUUACCUCAGCAAGCUCAUCCUCAUCUCUGGGGACAUGAAGAAGAAAGAGUUGAAGGACCGCUAUAAAGUUAAUGAAAGCAGCGAAACGUUUUUCAUUGAUGAGACUGUACCAAAGGAUGAUAUCGCAAAUGAGCUAACGAAAAUCUUGCCUGUAGACGUGACCGCCACCACGCAGAGAGGGCUGCCGACCGUGAAUGGCAUGACAACCAGGAUCCCGGAAGCGACAACAACAAGGACUGAUAAGCCUGGAUCGAGUACUGUAACUGUCGGUACGACAGAACAGGUACAGACAAUACCUGUGGUGACAAGAUCGACGAGUAGGCCGAUAACAACAACGAAUCCUGAUACCUCCAGCGCUACCACAACGGAACCUAACGUCGUCACGACCAUCUGCAGCUACGUCAUCUUCAAGCAGUUCAUCAACGCCAACAGCCACCUCGAACCCCCCAGAUAUCGGCACCACCUCGUACGGCUCGUCGACAACGUUGGUAUCAACCCCGGAAGCUUCUUCAACAAGUCGUCCUCCCAAGUUUUCUACAACUCCUUUCGUGAGCUCAAGUCCGACGGAUACUACGAGGCUUCAGAGCACGACGGAAGAAGUGACUACCAUCUGGUCGACCUUGCCGGCCGCGACCUCAACGAGCCAGGGCACUCUCGAAACCAGCUCGACUUCAAGCUC